UUGACUUCACUUUGCAGCAACAGCUGGCAUCCCAGAAUGUUGCGCUAAUGUCAACAACGGUGAAGUUUAAAGUUGUGUUUACGUGCCGUCUGUCCGCUCCUUCUCUCUCCAUGGUGUGUCUGUGAGCUGUUCUGCGGCCUUUAAAAGGAGCACCAUGGCGAUGUGGAUUCAAGCCCAGCAGCUCCAGGGCGAUGCAUUACAUCAGAUGCAGGCACUCUACGGGCAGCAUUUUCCCAUUGAGGUGCGCCACUACUUGGCCCAGUGGAUCGAGAGCCAACUUUGGGAUUCGGUGGAGUUGGGCAACCCAGCAGAGGAAGCCAAAGCCAAGCGUUUGCUGGACAACUUGGUGGCAGAGCUUCAGAAGAAAGCCCAGCUUCAGGGGGGCGAGGAUGGCUUCCUUCUUAAGAUCAAGCUAGGACACUAUGCAACACAGCUAAAGAGCACCUAUGAGCGCUGUCCUUUGGAGCUCGUGCGCUGCAUCAAACACAUCCUGUGCUCCGAGAAGCGAUUGCUUCACGAAGCCUUAAAUGCCAAUUGCGUGAGUGGGGGGCAGGUCCUAGACAGCCUCUCCCAGCGCCACCAGCAGAUCGAUCAGACCUUCGAAGAGCUCCGAUUAGCCACGCAGGAGACUGAGAAUGAGUUGAGGAAGCUGCAGCACAGCCAGGAGUACUUCAUCAUCCAGUACCAGGAAAACCUGCGCCUGCAGGCCCAGCUGAGCAGUCUGAGCUCCUUGCCUCCAGCUGAGCGCACCCAACGGGAAAGCGCACUCCAAAGCAAGAGGACCACUGUUGAGGCCUGGCUCACCAGAGAGGCUAGCACAUUGCAGAAAUAUAGGCUUGACCUGUCAGAGCAACACCAAAAGACCCUAACCCUUCUGAGGAAACAGCAGACUUUGAUCCUAGACGAGGAGCUCAUCCAAUGGAAGAGGAGGCAGCAGUUAGCCGGAAAUGGGGGUCCUCAUGAGGGAGGACUCGAUAUUCUCCAGUCCUGGUGCGAAAAGCUGGCAGAUCUGAUCUGGACCAACCGACAACAGAUUCGACGCUGCGAACAUCUCACUCAGCAGCUUCCUCUACCGGGCCCCAUGGAAGAGUUACUGAGCAAACUCAAUUCCGACAUCACGGAUAUCAUCUCCGCCUUGGUUACGAGCACCUUCAUCAUUGAAAAGCAACCGCCGCAGGUGUUAAGAACCCACACCAAGUUUGCCGCCACCGUGCGACUCCUGGUGGGGGGAAAGCUCAACGUCCACAUGAAUCCGCCUCAAGUCAAGGCUUCCAUCGUGAGCGAGCUCCAGGCCAAAGCGCUACUCAAGAACGAAAGCACGCACAGUGAAGGCAGCGGUGAAAUCCUCAACAACAACUGCGUGAUGGAGUAUCAGCAGGCCACGGGCGCUCUCAGUGCACACUUCAGAAACAUGUCCCUGAAGCGAAUCAAGCGUUCGGACCGUCGAGGUGCCGAGUCGGUGACGGAGGAGAAGUUCACGGUUCUGUUUGAAUCACAGUUCAGCAUUGGAGGCAAUGAACUGGUCUUCCACGUUAAAACGUUAUCACUACCCGUAGUAGUGAUAGUCCACGGUAGUCAGGACAACAACGCCACGGCGACAGUACUCUGGGACAACGCCUUCGCCGAACCAGGCAGAGUUCCAUUCAUUGUACCAGACAAGGUACUCUGGAGCCAGCUCUGCGAGGCCCUCGAUCUGAAGUACCAGGCGGAAAUGCACAGCGAGCGUGGCCUGUCCGAGAAUAAUCUGGUUUUCCUGGCCCAGAAAGCUUUCACGAGUACAAGUAACAACCCAGAGGAAUACCGCAACAUGAGCAUAUCGUGGGCCCAGUUUAACCGGGAAAGCCUACCUGGACGCAACUUCACCUUUUGGCAGUGGUUCGAUGGAGUCAUGGAACUUAUGAAGAAACAUCUCAAGCCUCAUUGGAACGAUGGGGCCAUCCUGGGGUUUGUUAACAAACAGCAGGCGCAGGAUAUGCUCAUGUCCAAACCCAAUGGGACAUUUCUCCUACGAUUCAGUGACUCUGAAAUUGGUGGCAUCACCAUUGCGUGGGUUGCAGAGAAUCCCAACAAAGCAGGUGAAAGGCUGGUAUGGAAUUUGUUGCCUUACACCACCAAGGAUUUCUCCAUUCGCUCCUUGGCAGACCGUAUCAGCGAUCUGAACCAUCUCCUGUUUCUCUAUCCCGACCGACCCAAGGAUGAGGUCUUUGCAAAGUACUACACGCCACCUCUCUCAAAAGCAGUGGAUGGCUACGUGAAACCGCAGAUCAAACAAGUUGUACCAGAAUUCACAACCCCGAAUCCUGAACCUAGCGGAACGACUCCCACAUUCAUGGACCAAUCGUCUUCUCCCUCUGUGGUUAAUCCCAACAAUUUCGCUGCCUACCACUCAAUGGGGGAUGCCAUGUUGGAUGCAGAGGGAGACUUUGACUUGGACGAUACCAUGGAUGUAGCCCGACAUGUGGAGGAGCUUCUGCGUAGGCCCAUGGCCAACCAGUGGAGCAGCCAGCAGUCCUGAACGGGACGCAUCUUCAUAAUGGUCAGGUAUUCAACAAACAUCCAUGCCUAAAACUCUGACAGCAACUUGUCCGUCCGUCUCUGACCUGGGGCAGCAGUAUUGGUGCCUUCAAACGGACUUUUUUUGAAUACACAUUUGCAUUCAAAUGUUCCUCACUGGCUUUUAUCAGGUCCAUGGCAGUUUUGAAGCGCAGUAUGACAGUUUACAUUUGUCAGUAUUUUUGUAAAUUCAAUCUAUAAAGCACACAAUGUUAGCAAAUCCAGCUGCGGGUGGACCGAACCAAGCCUAUCCAAGCUGAUUUAUAUAUAUCCUGGACUAAUGGUGUCGUACAUAAACAAUGAUUCACACUCAGAUUGACACAAAUCUCGAGUCUUCAAUUACCUGGGAGGAAGUGUCCGGAGAAGACCAACACAGACACGGGAUGGCUGGAGCUCCCAUUCCGACUGUGAGGCGGAUGUGCUAACCACUAGCACACUGUGCCGCCCGCAAGGUUUCCUGAAAUUAUUCCCAGUCAAUUUCUUUUUAAACGGAAAUCAUUCUCAUGCAAAAUUGUAAGUGGCGAAAUGGCCUCCAUUACAGCGUGCUGUCGAGAAAUUGAUUUACAAUUGUUUAACUAUAAGACGUGUAUAUAAUGCAUACUGAACAUUUACAUCCAAACUACUAAUGGAUAUGGAUACAUAUGAACAUGGACUUGUUGGACAUUAAUAUGCAUACAUAUUGUAUAUAUGCAUACUUAUACAUAAAUAUUGGAUCUAUACAGCGGCUCUCAAAACUCUACACCCCCCUGUUCAAAUGCCAGGUUUCAUACAGUCUAUAAGCUUGAUUUUUUUUUAUAUAUAGAUAUAUAUAAUUCAUAUGGCAGUGCAUAAGACUUUUUCUUUUUUACUACAUCAUUGUUGUGACUUUCAGGAUUUGUUUUGUUUUUCUAUUAUGAGCUUUCUUUAAUUGGCGGGAAGAAAUGACAAUUUUCUACUAUUUUAUGUUUUGGGCUGUGGCUUCAAUUUAAUAUAAUAUAGUUUCAUGUAUUACCAAAUAUGGUUCCUUGCGCUAUUUAGGGCAAACGAGCACUUCUUAAGGAUUAUCUCUUACCAUGCCGCAUUUCUUUUUGCAUCACGUGGCCUCCGCAAUCACCAGAUUUUUAGUCUGCAUUUAUAAUAUAUACAUAUGAAAUUUCAUGCAUAUAAUAAGAUCAAUAUGUACUAGCUCCAUUUGAAAAAAUGCAAUUUAUGUGCAAAAUGGACACAAAAUAUUUUUGCUUAUUGUGAAGGAUGGGGGAAACUAAAUUCUGGUGCUGAGUUUUUUUUUAGGUGGCCAUUUGUUCUUUUUAGGGACAUAUAUUGUCGCGUAUAAAACGAUGGGACACUUGUAGCUAUUCACAGUAUAGCUUAAACAUAGUAAAAUCAAAUUACUACUAAAUAUGUAUGAGUCCAACGCCACUUUGCGUUACUACAGGCCAACAUUUUUUUUUUCUGCAAUUCAGCUUUUGUGGUGUAUUCCAAAUGGAUAAAUAAAUGCCACUGUGGUAUUAUAAAGGCAAAAUCAUAAAUACUGUCACGGUCUAUAUCAAAAGCUGCCUGGUGAGUUGAAUGGAAUGAAAUGUUGCCUUUGGUGCUGGGACUGUAGCCUUGAAUGUGAAAAUUAUUUUUUUAUGAUACAUUAUGAAACUUGAGAAAAUGCAAAUGAGCAAUCAUACCACCGGAAGUGUUUAAUUUUGCUAAAUAAAACUUUUUUUUUUUGGUCGUAUUUACCAAGAUCUGUCCGUGUUUUGGGAGACAAUAAAAGCUCAACGAAGGGAUAGCACAGACACCAUUGUCUUGGUUGUAAUGAAAUAAAAUGAUUUUAAAGAUG